GCUGGCACCUGUGAGGGGGUUGUGGUGUGGGUCCCAGAUGGCCGGAGGAAACUCUAGUGUUUGUGUCAGUCCUCUACUGAACGUGUUGUAGCGAAGAUAAGUAGGUGAAACAGUUAGACUAUGCCAUGACCAGCAGCCAGAGUAGAGAAACUUUAACUAUGGACAUGAACCAAUCCGCCGCCUCUGUUUCCUUCGGGAAGAGAAAUGGUUGGUAUGUAAACAGAGGUGUUGCAUUCUUGCUGGGGCUGCUCUUCGUGAGUGCUGUAGUGGCCACGGGACUUCUCGUUUACUACUACGCCCCGCAUGUCAGGGAGUCAGGACAAGAUUCCCAGGACCUGAAAGACGACAGAGGGCGUAGCCCACUACAACCUUCCACACACUCGCCUGUUGAGACAUCUCCUGAAACACCAUCUAAAGAGAAAAUCAAUGUAAGACUACCCAGAGCCCUCAAGCCUCUCCACUAUAUGGUCAAACUUCAACCUUUUAUUAAUGGCAACUUCAGCAUCAUAGGAUACGUGGAGGUGGAGAUGGAGGUUGUUGAGCCGACCUCCAACAUUACUCUUCAUAUUAAUGAUAUAAUCACAAACAACGAAACCAUCAAGUUGACGCCUUCUGAUGAUCGGACGGGAUCCAAGAUAGGGAUUGUAAAACAUCUAUAUGACAAAGAACGAGAAUUUUACAUUGCCAAGUUAAACAAGGAGCUAAAGCCCGGCAAGAAAUACGUUCUUUCCAUGGAGUUCGUUGGUUACCUCAAUGACAAGCUCCUAGGUUUUUACAGAUCUUCAUAUACGGAUGAACAAGGGAAUGAAAAAUGGAUUGCAGUGACUCAGUUCCAACCAACGGACGCCAGAAGAGCCUUUCCAUGUUUUGAUGAACCUGCGUUGAAAGCCACUUACGAAAUUUUCCUGGGAAGGGAAUCUUCAAUGUCUUCCCUUUCAAACAUGCCGAAGUUUGAAACAAUACCAAUCGAGGGUCAAGAUGGGUGGGUGUGGGACCACUUCAACACAAGCGUGCCCAUGUCCACCUACCUGGUAGCCUUCGUCAUCUCUGACUUCGCUAGCAUGGAGUCCAACGACAACGAUCACGUUCUCUUCCGAGUGAAGGCUCGAAAAGCUGCCAUUAACCAGGCAGACUACGCUCUCCUGACAGGUCCUAAAAUUCUUACUCACUUCGAGGAUUACUUCAACGUCUCGUUCCCUCUUCCCAAGCAAGACAUGAUUGCAAUUCCCGACUUCUCGGCUGGUGCCAUGGAAAACUGGGGACUCAUUACCUACAGGGAGACAGCAAUGUUGUAUGAUCCAGAGGUGUCAUCAGCGAGGAACAAACAGAGGGUAGCUAUCGUGGUGUCCCACGAGCUGGCUCACCAGUGGUUUGGCAAUCUCGUAACUCCAGACUGGUGGACAGACCUUUGGCUCAAUGAAGGUUUUGCUUCCUUCAUGGAAUACAUCGGUGUGGACCAUGCAGAGCCCACCUGGAACAUGAUGGAACAGUUCGUAACUGAGGAUGUCCAGAGAGUGUUCUCUUUAGACUGGCUGGAGUCCUCACACCCUAUUAGCAUCCCAGUGGGACAUCCAGAUGAGAUUAAUGAAAUAUUUGAUCUCAUCUCCUACUUAAAGGGAGCAUCUCUUAUUCGCAUGAUGAACUUCUUCCUGACGGAGAAAACGUUAAGGAAGGGUCUCUCUAACUACCUCAUCGGUCUGAAAUAUAAAAGUGCUGAGCAAGACGACCUGUGGCAGUACCUGACAAAAGCUGCUCAUGAAGAUGCCACACUGCCGCCAGAUAUGUCAGUCAAGGAAGUAAUGGACACCUGGACGCUGAAAGAUGGGUACCCUGUCAUCAAGUUUGUAGGAGCUCAGCGGCACCUCGGUCAGUUAUCCUAUAACAUAGCAAUGGGCGUGAAUACCUACUUGAAAAACGAGGAAGAGUACGUCCCAUGGGAGUCUGCAUUGUCCAACCUCAACUACAUCAAGAGAAUGUUUACCCGCUCAGGAAACUAUGGAGCUCUUAAGCAUGUUCCCAACCUGAAGAGCACAGUGUACUGCACCGCUAUUGCUGCUGGUGGUGAGAAGGAGUGGAACUUUGGCUGGAACCAGUACCUCGCCUCCAACGUUGGCUCUGAGAAAUCUCUACUACUGUCUGCUCUGGGAUGUACCAAGAAAGUCUGGAUCCUGUCUAGGUGGAGUUUUUUCAAAGAAAAGUACUCUGAAAAACUGGUAACUGCAAAACGAGCUGUUGAUCAAGCCAUUGAGAGAAAUGCCAACAAUAUUGCCUGGAUGAACAACAACUACAUGGUCAUCGUUCAGUGGCUCAAAGACCAUGGUUACUAUACCCAGCUUAAAAAACCACAACCUCCCACACACUCGCCUGUUGAGACAUCUCCUGAAACACCAUCUAAAGAGAAAAUCAAUGUAAGACUACCCAGAGCCCUCAAGCCUCUCCACUAUAUGGUCAAACUUCAACCUUUUAUUAAUGGCAACUUCAGCAUCAUGGGAUACGUGGAGGUGGAGAUGGAGGUUGUUGAGCCGACCUCCAACAUUACUCUUCAUAUUAAUGAUAUAAUCACAAACAACGAAACCAUCAAGUUGACACCUUCUGAUGAUCGGACGGGACCCGGGAUAAGGAUUGUAAGGCAUCUAUGUGACAAAGAACGAGAAUUUUACAUUGCCAAAUUAAACGAGGAGCUAAAGCCUGGGAAGAAAUAUGUUCUUUCCAUGGAGUUCGUUGGUUACCUCAAUGAUGAUCUCGUUGAGCCCACCUGGAACAUAAUGGAUCAGUCCAUUACUGAAGACCUCCAGAAUGUGUUCUCUUUAGACUGCCUGGAGUCCUCACACCCCAUCAGCAUCCAAGUGGGACAUCCGGAUGAGAUCAAUGAGAUAUUUGAUAUAAUUUCCUACCAAAAAGGAAACUUGAAAUAUAAAAGUGCUGAGCAAGACGACUUGUGGCAUUACCUGACAGAAGCUGCUCAUGAAGAUGCCGCACUGCCGUCAGGCAUGACAGUCAAGAAGGUCAUGGACACCUGGACGCUGCAGAUGGGUUACCCUGUCAUCAAGGUUGUGAGGAGCUCAGACGGCACCUCGGCAACCCUCACUCAGGAACGAUUUUUAUUGGUAAAGAACGAGAACUCGUCAGACACCCAUGACUACAAGUGGUGGGUUCCACUAACAUACACGAGUCAAGAUAACACUAAUUUCAACAACACUCAAACACAAGUAUGGAUGAAGGAUUCUGAGGCAAAGAUCACAGUCUCUUUGCCAAGGAAGGACCAGUGGGUCAUCUUCAACGUACAGGAGACAGGUUAUUAUAAAGUGAACUAUGACGACGACAACUGGAACUUGCUCAUUCAGCAACUGAACAACGACCACAAAGUUAUCCAUUUGAUAAACCGUGCUCAGAUCAUCGACGACGCCAUGGACCUCGCACAAGCUGUCACUGCACGCCUGACCAUGAAGCCUCCUGCAGUAGCAGACCCACUUAACAUAGGAAGUGGCAACACCUCAGACGUGAGGUUGUUGGCAGAGAUCAUGUGGCAGACAGUCCUGCAACCUCCCACACAACUCGCCUGGUUGAAACAUCUCCUGAAACACCAUCUAAGAGGGAAAAUCAAUGUAAGAUUACCAGAUCCCUUCAAGCCUCUCCUCUAUAUGUUCAAACUUCAACCUUUUAUUAAUGGCAAAACUUCAAGCAUCAUGGGAUACGUGGAGGUGGAGAUGGAGCUUCAUGUGUGUCCAAUGCGGGACAGGUAUGUUAUACGCAGUUCUGAAAUGAACGACUUAAACAGUGUAACAGCCAGACUAUACUAUGACCAGCAGAGUACAGAAACUUUAACUAUGGACAUUAACCAAUCUGUCUCCUUCGGGAAGAGGAACGGUUGGUAUGUUAGCAGAGGUGUUGCAUUCCUGCUGGGGCUGGUCUUCGUGAGUGUUGUAGUGGCCACGGGACUUCUCGUUUACUACUACGCCCCGCAUGUCAAGGAGUCAGGACAAGAGUCCCAGGACCUGAAAGACGACAGAGGACGUAGCCCACUACAACCUCCCACACACUCGCCUGUUGAGACAUCUCCUGAAACACCAUCUAAAGAGAAAAUCAAUGUAAGAUUACCCAGAGCCCUCAAGCCUCUCCACUAUAUGGUCAAACUUCAACCUUUUAUUAAUGGCAACUUCAGCAUCAUGGGAUACGUGGAGGUGGAGAUGGAGGUUGUUGAGCCGACCUCCAACAUUACUCUUCAUAUUAAUGAUAUAAUCACAAACAACGAAACCAUCAAGUUGACACCUGAUGAUCGGAUGGAACCCGAGAUAAGGAUUUUAAGGCAUCUAUAUGACAAAGAACGAGAAUUUUACAUUGCCAAGUUAAACAAGGAGCUAAAGCCCGGCAAGAAAUAUGUUCUUUCCAUGGAGUUCGUUGGUUACCUCAAUGACAAUCUCGUUGGCUUCUACAGAUCUUCGUACUCGGAUGAACAUGGGAAUGAAAAAAGGAUUGCAGUGACUCAGUUCGAACCAACGGACGCCAGAAGAGCCUUUCCCUGUUUUGAUGAACCUGCGUUGAAAGCCACUUACGAAGUUUUUCUGGCCAGGGAAGCUUCAAUGUCCUCCCUUUCAAACAUGCCAAAGUUUGAAACAAUGCCAAUCGAGGGUCAAGAUGGGUGGGUGUGGGACCACUUCAACACGAGCGUGCCCAUGUCCACUUACCUGGUCGCCUUUGUCAUCUCCGACUUCGCUAGCAUGGAGUCCCACGACAACGAUCACGUUAUCUUCCGAGUGACGACUCGAAAAUCUGCCAUUAACCAGGCAGACUACGCCCUGCUGAGAGGUCCUAAAAUUCUUUCUCACUUCGAGGAUUACUUCAACGUCUUGUUCCCUCUUCCUAAGCUGGAUAUGAUGGCAGUUCCUGACUUCUCGUCUAGUGCCAUGGAAAACUGGGGACUCAUUACCUACAAGGAGACAGGAAUGUUGUAUGAUCCAGAGGUGUCGUCAGCGAUGCACAAGCAGUGGGUAGCUGGGGUGGUGUCCCACGAGCUGGCUCACCAGUGGUUUGGUAAUCUCGUUACUCUAGACUGGUGGACAGACCUUUGGCUCAAUGAAGGUUUUGCUUCCUUCGUGGAAUUCAUCGGUGUGGACCAUGUUGAACCCACCUGGAAAAUUAUGGAUCAGUUCAUUACUGAAGACCUCCAGAAUGUGUUCUCUUUAGACUGUCUGGAGUCCUCACACCCCAUCAGCAUCCCAGUGGGACAUCCGGAUGAGAUCAAUGAGAUGUUUGAUCUUAUUUCCUACCAAAAAGGAUCAUCUCUUAUUCGCAUGAUGAACUACUUCCUGACGGAGGAAGCGUUAGGGAGGGGCCUCUCUAAUUAUCUCAACGGUCUGAAAUAUAAAAGUGCUAAGCAAGACGACCUGUGGCAUUACCUGACUAAAGUUGCUCAUGAAUACAACAAACUGCCGCCAGACAUGACAGUCAAGGAAGUCAUGGACACCUGGACGCUGCAGAUGGGUUACCCUGUCAUCAAGGUUGUGAGGAGCUCAGACGGCACCUCGGCAACCCUCACUCAGGAACGAUUUUUAUUGGUAAAGAACGAGAACUCGUCAGACACCCAUGACUACAAGUGGUGGGUUCCACUAACAUACACGAGUCAAGAUAACCCUAAUUUCAACAACACUCAAACACAAGUAUGGAUGAAGGAUUCUGAGGCAAAGAUAACAGUCUCUUCACUGCCUGAGAAGGACCAGUGGGUCAUCUUCAACGUACAGGAGACAGGUUAUUAUAGAGUGAACUAUGACGACGACAACUGGAACUUGCUCAUUCAGCAACUGAACAACGACCACAAAGUUAUCCAUGUGAUAAACCGUGCUCAGAUCAUAGACGACGCCAUGGACCUCGCACAAGCUGGUCAGUUAUCCUAUAAUAUAACAAUGGGCUUGAAUACCUACUUGAAAAAAGAGGAAGAGUACGUUCCAUGGGAGUCUGCAUUGUCCAACCUCAACUACAUCAAGAGAAUGUUUACCCGCUCAGGAAACUAUGGAGCUCUUAAGAACUACUUGCUCACCCUCCUGAUUCCUCUGUACGAGUCUGUCGGCUUCCAAAACAACAUAAAUGACCCUCAUCUGGAACAGUUCAAGCGAGUCAAGGCACUGACGUGGGCCUGCAGCCUAGAGUACCAGGACUGUGUCAACAACUCUGUUUCCCUCUACCGAAAGUGGAUGCAGAACGCAAUUGACCGCAGCAUCGUGUCGCCCAACCUGAAGAGCACAGUGUACUGCACCGCUAUUGCUGCUGGUGGUGAGGAGGAGUGGAACUUUGGCUGGAACCAGUACCUCGCCUCCAAUGUUGGCUCUGAGAAAACAACACUACUGUAUGCUCUGGGAUGUACCAAGAAGGUCUGGAUCCUAUCUAGGUAUCUCGAAAUGGCUUUUACAGACGGCAGCGGUAUUAGGAAACAGGAUGCAGGAACAGCGUUCGAGGGUGUAGCCAGGAACAGUGUAGGACACUACAUUGCCUGGAACUAUAUUAGAGAGAAUUGGGAGAAAAUUAUUGACUACUAUGUGUCCGGGCUAUUUACCAUCCCUGCACUGGUUGAGUCAGUUACUGAGUCCUUAAACACAGACCUGGAACUGAAGGAGGUGAGUCAACAUACCAAUCUACUUAUUGUGAGAAGUAAGAUGAUUAAAUUACAAGGAGCAUUGCGCCAGAAACGAGCAGCUGUCGCUCAGAUUUUCAAAACAAGUCUUCAGGGUUCACACUAA